AUGCUGGACCCUUCCUCAAGUGAAUCAGAGGAGGAACUGCCACCAGAAGACGACCCCUCCAUCAAAGUAAAACCCGUCAAAAAGAUUUCAAAUUCGGAGAAGGUUACCGGUGACCAGCGCAAGCCUCCUGAUAGCCCAGGUCCAGCUCCUGUAGUCGAUGACAAAAGUGAGCAGGAGCAAAUACAGAAAGAGGAAGCAGAGAGAAAAACAAAACUACAGAUCUAUGUAUUUGUGCUGCGAUGUAUAUCGUACCCUUUCAACGCGAAACAACCAACUGAUAUGGCACGUCGUCAGCAAAAGCUGAACAAGCAGCAGUUGCAGGCUGUGAAGGAGCGUUUCCAGGCCUUCCUACGUGGUGAGACACAAAUUGUGGCUGAUGAGGCUUUUUGCAACGCCAUCCGCAGCUACUAUGAGGGCUUCCUGAAGAGUGAGCGCGUGGCCCGCAUGGUUCUCGGGGGCGGCUGCUCCGCCAACGACUUCCGCGAGGUCUUCAAGAACAACAUCGAGAGACGGGUGCGCAGCCUGCCGGAGAUCGACGGCCUGAGCAAAGAGACGGUGCUCAGCUCCUGGAUCACCAAGUUCGACGCCAUCUACCGCGGCGAGGAGGACGUGCGGCGCCACGCCCAGCGGGCGCACUUCAGCGCCGUGUCCGAGCUCAUCCUCAGCAAGGAGCAGCUCUACGAGAUGUUCCAGCUCAUCCUGGGCAUCAAGAAGUUUGAGCAUCAGCUACUCUACAAUGCCUGUCAACUGGAUAAUGUGGACGAACAGGCAGCACAGAUCCGCAGGGAGCUGGAUGGGAGGCUUCAACUAGCUGAGAAAAUAGCCAGGGAGCGGCGGUAUCCCAAGUUUGUGUCCAGUGACAUGGAGGCCAUGUAUACAGAGGAGCUCAGGUCUGCAGUCAACCUCCUCAUGGCCAACCUGGAGAGCCAGCCUGUAGCAAAGGACUUCAAGCCCAAGAUCAAGCCCAAGCUCACCCCCAUGAACAGCUUCCUGGACAUGGGAGAGGAGGGGGACCUCCCCCUGUCCAAAUCAGAUGUGGUGCUCUCCUUUACACUGGAGAUCGUGAUCAUGGAGGUGCAGGGGCUGCGCUCUGUGGCCCCCAACAGGAUUGUGUACUGCACCAUGGAGGUGGAGGGAGGAGAGAAGCUCCAGACUGACCAAGCUGAGGCGUCGCGGCCGCAAUGGGGAACCCAGGGAGACUUCACCACCACACACCCCCUGCCUGUGGUCAAGGUGAAGCUCUUCACGGAGAGCACAGGAGUACUGGCCCUGGAGGACAAGGAGCUGGGGAGGGUGGUUCUCAACCCCACCACCAAUGGGCCCAAGGCUGCAGAGCUGCAUAAGAUGGUUGUCCCUAAGCACAGUCAGGAUAGUGACCUGAAGAUUAAGCUGGCCGUUAGGAUGGACAAGCCUCCCAACAUGAAGCACAGUGGGUAUCUCUACGCACUGGGUCAACGAGUGUGGAAACGGUGGAAAAGGCGGUAUUUUGUCCUUGUGCAGGUAAGCCAGUACACGUUCGCAAUGUGCAGUUAUCGGGAGAAGAAGUCCGAGCCACAGGAAUUGAUGCAGCUGGAGGGCUAUACGGUUGACUAUUCUGACCCACAACCAGGUCUCCAGGGCGGGCGCAUGUUCUUCAGUGCAGUCAAGGAGGGCGACCAGGUGGUGUUCGCCAGCGAUGAUGAGCAAGAUCGAGUGCUGUGGGUGCAGGCCAUGUAUCGCGCGACGGGUCAGUCCUACAAGCCCGUGCCCCCCUCUCAGAACCAGCGGCAGAACUGCCGUGGAGGAGGAGCGCAGAAGGACGCCCCAGUCUCCUUACUCAGCCUGGAGCGGACGCAGAGGCAAGGGGUGGAGGAGCUGAUCUCGGCUGCGCCGUGCCGCUUCGAUCAUGCCAGCCUGUUCCGCCUGCUGCAGAAGCACACCCUCGCCCACCGCAUGAACGACUCCUUCUCCUGCCUGGGGUGGUUCAGCCCAGGCCAGGUGUUUGUGUUGGAUGAGUAUUGUGCACGCUACGGAGUGCGGGGAUGCCAUCGCCACCUCUGCUACCUGAAGGACCUUCUGGAAUUUAUGGAGAACAAUGCCAUGGUGGACCCCACCCUCCUUCACUACAGCUAUGCCUUCUGUGCCUCCCAUGUCCAUGGAAACAGGCCAGAUGGUAUGGGAACAGUGACUGUGGAGGAGAAGGAGCAGUUUGAAGAGAUACGGGGCAGAAUGAAGACUCUGCUGGAGAACCAGAUUGUUCAUUUCAGAUAUUGCUUCCCCUUUGGACGACCUGAAGGAGCCCUAAAAGCCACUCUGUCCUUGCUUGAACGAGUCCUAAUGAAGGACAUCAACAGCCCUGUUCCUGCAGACGAGAUGAGGAGGCUGGUGCACAAGUGCCUGGAGAAGGCGGCCCUGGUCAACUACUCCCAGCUCACAGAGUAUGCCCAGAUCGAAGCAACCUCACAGGCCCCCCCUGAGAAGCGUCUGGAGGACAUGAUGAGACUGGGAGAGCUUUGCAUGGACGUCCUGCUGCAGAAUGACGAGCACCACUCUGAGGCCUUUGCCUGGUGGCCUGAGCUGAUGACGGAGCAUGCGGAGAGCUUCCUGUCUCUGUACACGGUGGACAUGGACGCCGCGCUGCAGGUGCAGCCGCACGACUCCUGGGACAGCUUCCCGCUCUUCCAGCUGCUCAACAACUUCCUGCGCACAGACCAUCACCUGUGCAACGGCACAUUCCACAAGCACCUGCAGGAGCAUUUCAUCCCCAUGGUGGUGCGCUACAUCGACCUGAUGGAGUCCUCCAUCGCUCAGUCCAUCCACCGUGGCUUUGAGCAGGAGACCUGGCAGUCUGUGAACAACGGCUCGACCACCUCAGAGGAUCUGUUCUGGAAGCUGGACGCACUCCAGAUCUUCGUAAUGGACCUCCACUGGCCCGAGCCUGAGUUUGCAAAGCACCUGGAGCAGCGCCUCAAGCUGAUGGCCAGCGACAUGAUGGAGGCCUGUGUCAAGAGAACUAAAGCAGCCUUUCACUCAAAGAUGCAGAAAGCAAGCAAGUCAACAGAUUUCCGGGUGUCUCUCUCUGUGUGCACUAUGUUCAAUGUUCUAAUGGAUGCCAAGAGGCAGUGCUCCAAGCUUUGUGUUCUCGACCAAGGCCAGGAGAUGGACCAGCAGUGGCAACAGUACCACUCCAAGAUCGACGUGCUCAUCGAUGAAGCCAUCAAAGAAAUGAUUUCCACACUGGUGUCAAAGUUUGUUGCAGUGCUGGACGGCGUUCUCUCCAAGCUCUCCAGAUAUGACGAGGGAACGCUCUUCUCCUCCAUCUUGUCUUUCACUGUCAAAGCAGCUGCCAAAUAUGUGGAUGUGCCUACCCCUGGCAUGGACCUAGUGGACACGUACAUCACAUUUGUACGGCAGAACCAGGACCUUCUGAGGGACCAUGUGAAUGAUGAAGUGUACACAGAGCAAGUGUUUGAUCAAUGGUACACCACCUCCAUGAAGGCAGUGUGUGUAUGGUUAACGGACAGACUGGACCUACAGCUGCAUGUGUACCAGCUCAAAACACUCAUCAAGAUUGUGAAGAAGUCAUACCGGGAUUUCAGGCUCCAGGGUGUCCUAGAUGGCACGCUGAACAAUAAGAGCUACGAGACUAUCUACAACCGUCUGACUGUGGAGGAGGCCACUCUCUCUGUAUCUGCCGGUGAAGGACUGCAAGGCAUCUCGAUGAGGGACAGCGAUGAAGAGGACGGCUAGAGCCCAUCUCUCAUCGGAGCGUCCUGAGCAGGAGAGCGGGCUGGACUGGCCGACAGCGCACCUGUCUGUGCCUGUGUCCACUGUGCUGUAAUGUUGAAAUGGGCUGGGAGCACCCCACAGCGAUUCUCUUACUCUGGAUUGCUGACAGUGAGAGACAAAUGGACAAACAUAGCAGUGCAUUUAAUUGGGCACGUGGUUAAGAGGCUCAGCAUGCCUGCAACAUUAUGUGUCUGUAGGCUUCACUACAUGACUGGCGUGUGCACUUGUUGACAUGGAGGUUUGUUCAUUGUAUGCUUGCACAAGUGGUGAUGGCAUUUAAUAUACAGUAUCUGCUGUAGGAAUUCAAAGUAUAUGUCUGUACUGCCAAUCAAUUUUGUGUUUGUUUAUGCUGUUUUGGUGUGUGCACAAUCUGGGUGAAGUCAAUUGUAAAGUGCAUAGGAGGUUUUGUAAAGUAUUUCUAUUGUCCAUUGUCCACCUGUAUUAGUUCAGGUGUGUUUAAAUGUAAUUAUUAAAGUCCUUUUAAUCUAGAUUUCAUGUUGCAUCCUUGUUCCUUACACAGUGGUUGCACGCACCAGGCAUUAUCAUUGAAUCAUUGCUCAAAGUAUUGGGGAUGUCCUUAUCUUUUAUUUGAAUAAUUACAAGAGCUUUUUCAUAAAGGUGAGACAUGAUAUUGUGUUAGUUAAUCACGAACGGUUUAUGUAAGCUGUCUUGUGCUAAUUAUUAUUUUAUAUUUUAAGACCCCUUUAUUGGUGAUUAUUGUUACUUCAUUUUCUCUUUAUGAAUGUAAUUAGGGAAUUAUGGCAUUUCUCUGCGUGCAUAACAGAAGCUAUCCUAAGGACCACCAUAGAGCAGGCAACAGAAUCAUUUGAAUUAAAGAUUUUUUAAAAUA